AUGGCGUUCCUUCGACGAAAGACGCCAAAUCUCCGAGUGCCAACCGGUAAAGAUGCCGUCAACUUCCGUAAGCUCUUGUUCCUGCCGAUAAAAGACACGGAAGAUCUCUUCACGAAUCAAGCAUGGGAGCGGCUGGAUGUACGAUGUCUAACGCUUAUGAAGACCAAGAUGCUGCGAGCGUCCUGUAUUGCCCGAGGGUUGCCGAAGAAAGGAGGCAAACGCACGUUGGUGCAGCGUCUUACGGCCUCGUUAAGCGAGCAGCGAGCAGCAGAAAUCCGGCGUCGACAAGAGGAAGAGGACGAGUACCAACGACAACUCGACAUGCUUGGCGGAGUUUGGUCGUUCGGGUCAGGAUUUGCAGGACAGCUCGGCCACGGAGACCUCGAGUCGUCUGCCACUCCACGGAUCAUCAAAAAGCUUCGAGGACGCAGUAUCGCACACGUCUACGCGGGCUUUGACUCGGACGUCGCCUUUGCUGCUAGUCGAUCGGGUGAUGUUUACGUUUGGGGUAAACGGACGGGUCCUACCGGUCUCCCAUUAGGAUCAUCUCCAGCUGCUCUUACAAGUCUGACUCUUGAGCCUUCGGAGAGAAUCGAAGAGGAGCGAGAUGACUUUGAUGAACCGAGUGACAGCGAAGAGGAGCAAGAGGAAGAGGGAGGGGAGGAAGAUUUCGUCCAUCCUGUCAAGCUGCUGUCACUUUGUGGCGAAGGUAUCAGUUAUAUCGCUGUGGGUCGAGUACAUUGCUGUGCCACAACCAAGGACGGAGAUGUGUACACGUGGGGGCAGAACGAUCACUGUCAGCUUGGCACGGAACCGGUCCAUAAUUUAUCAGAGGCGUUGUCAAGGAAAGCUCGAGUACGAUACGGAGUCGAUUGUGUGGAACCGCGACUGUGGGAGAGAACUGUAUCGGAGACGUGUGUCAUUUCUGCAGUCGAUGUUGGUACGAAUCAUACGUUUGCAGUCACGGACAAAGGGGAGAUGCUGGCGUUCGGAGCCACAUACAAUACGAGUGAUCACUCCAGUCUAGCUCGAAGUAUAGCAAAGCUACGCAUUACUUGUGGCGCUAUGCACGCUGGUUUGGUGACCUCCGAGGGGCAGGCAUAUACGUGGGGGAGCGGUGACGGUGGUCGUCUAGGACAUGGAGACAAUAUCUCUUACGUGAAUCCAAAACUAGUCGAAGCGCUCAAGACAGAUAUCAUUGUGGAGCUUGCAUGUGCGUGUUGGCACUCGGUGGCAGUUGUGUUAAUUCCGCCAUUAUUGAAAGGCGGUGUGGUCUAUACGUGGGGAAGUGGUCGUCUUGGACAACUUGCUCAAGGUGGAAGGCAAAUCUCGACAUUACCAGGUCUAGUGACGGAUUUCCUCACAACCCACGCCCUCAUUAAAAAGGUAUGCGCGGGCAUGUACCACAACGUGGCAUUAUCGGUCGACGAGGAGGUGUUCACCUGGGGUAGCAACAUGAAUGGCUGUCUGGGAAGGCCGGAAGAACUGGGAGACCUAGAGGAGAAUUUCUGUGCCGUUCCUGGCCGAGUCGAAGGCAUGCAGGACUUUGUCGGUCGGCCCUGUUCCAUUGCGGCUGGUCGGGAGUUUACGCUCAUAGCCACCAAGCCAUACAUCGGACCAAGUCGAGAAGAGCUAGAGCGACGGAAACAAGAGCAGAUUCAACACGCCGAGAGUAUCGAUCGCCAAUCCGGAGUGGUGAAAGACGAGAAACGAGACAAACUCCAGAUGAUUCACAAGCACAAACACGCCACCAUCAUGGCGCUCCUGAACGCGAAGUACCCAAAGUGCACCAUCUGCACGACGGGCCUCGUUUGUCCUGGCUUCCAGGCCAAUAGCGAGAACCCGACGCUGUGCAAACACUGCAUGCACGACAACCGCAAACACCAGGAGCAAUACAAAAUUAAUGACAAGAAGAUUACGCUCACGUACCUCACGCAAGCCGUGGACAAGCUGGGCGUCGUAGUCGACUUUAGUGACAUCCCAGACAUUGAACUGGAGGAAGAACUCGAAUUCGAGUUGGAAGAGGAUGAAUAA